GAGUGAAAACAACUGUUCUCCCAGCUGUUUCCUGUCUACAGUGUCUGUGUAAAUGUAGAUAAAUGUGAGGAUUUUCUUUAAAUCCUUCUUCUGUUUGCUAAAUCUGACUGUCACUGCUAAAAUCAGAGCAGAUCCUACGCAAUGGAGUAAAGUCCUCAAUUUCAAAUGUGACAUAGCUCUGAAUAUCUCUGUGGAUUUCCUUUUUUUUUUUCUUGUUAUCUCAGCUAACAAUCUCAUUUGCAGACCCUGUACUUAAAGAAGCCAUGGAAAAAAACAACUGUCUCUCAACACAAUUAUUUAAGUGCUACUUUUGUGAUAUCUUAAAGGUUAGGAUGCACACAAUGACCUACAUGCAUCUCUUUUACUUGGGCUUAUGUCUACUCACUCUAACCCAAUCAGCAGCUGCUGGCCAAGAAACCCUCUGUGGUGCUGAGUUAGUGGAUGCUCUGCAGUUUGUUUGUGGAGACAGAGGCUUCUUUUUCAGCAAGCCAGUAGGGUAUGGAUAUAGCAGUCGACGUUCUCAUCACAGAGGAAUAGUGGAUGAAUGCUGCUUUCAAAGCUGUGAUUUGAGGAGGCUAGAGAUGUACUGUGCUCCUGCCAAGCCAGCAAAGUCUGCACGAUCUGUACGUGCUCAGCGUCACACUGAUAUGCCAAAAGCCCAGAAGGAAGUACAUCAGAAGAAUGCAAGUAGAGGAAACACAGGGAGCCGAAGCUUCAGGAUGUAGAUGCUGAUGCUGCUCAAAGUCUUCAAGAAUGAAUGUGGCAUGUGCAGGAUGUAUUACUGAAAAGUAAAGUCAAACAGGGAAAGACAUCACUUCUCUCAACCAAUGGGCAUUCAUCCUCUGAACAAUGCAAAUCCACGUGCCACUGAUACGCAUUCCAAUCAGAAGCAUAACAACUCGCAUAACUGAUCUAUUGCUCUGUAAUCUUUCACCUGUUAAACAUGUCCUGCGCAAGCAUUUUUUUAAUAGCCUGUGUCCCCUAGAGGUCCAGAAAUAAAUGGCCUUCUCGAUUGCACUAAAAUUAAUUAAUGUUUUGUGGGUACUGGAGGCAUGACCCAGACUUGUCUGAGAGUUCCUUAUAUUUGCACUUCUCUACCUGGGCUGUUUAGUAUCCAGUGUCCUAUAACAUUGUUUGCCUGCCCAUCUGUAUUUGCACAGUUUUGCUUUUCAUUAGCAGUAGCAACAAAUAAUUAUUUUUCUUGUUCUAAUUUUGCUGAAUCCAAACAAUCAGUUGG